ACUGACGUCUGUGGAGUGAGUGACAACACAGCUACAACGGGAGAGCGGAUUUGUUUUCAUUCUGUCGGUUUUGUUAUUCCACUCGAGUAAAGUAAAUCAUUAAUGCAAAAGACAAACAAAAACCUUAAUAAAAAGUUGAAAUGGCUGAAAACUGGAAAAACUGCUUCGAAGAAGAGCUAAUUUGCCCGAUUUGCCUGCACGUAUUUGUGGAACCGAUUCAGUUGCCUUGCAAACACAAUUUCUGCCGGGGCUGCAUCAGCGAGGCUUGGUCUAAAGACACGGGUAUGGUCCGCUGCCCCGAAUGCAACCACGCCUACAACCAGAAACCAACUUUGGAGAAAAACCUAAAACUGACAAACAUUGUGGAAAAAUUCAACGCCUUGAACGUGGAGAAAAGCCCAGCGGUUUUACAUUGUAUCUUCUGUAGGCGAGGACCGCCUCUGCCGGCCCAGAAAGUUUGCCUCCGCUGUAACGCUCCGUGUUGCCAGUCUCACGUUCAGACGCACCUACAGCAGCCUUCUUCCAACCCAGGGCACUUGUUAGUGGAGGCCGAGGAUGUGCGGGCCUGGAGCUGCCCGCAGCAUGACGCCUACAGGCUGUACCAUUGCGAAGCCGAGCAAGUGGCUGUUUGCCAGUACUGCUGCUUCUCUCGCUGUGGGGCGAACCACGGUCACUCCGUUUGCGACGUGGAGGUUCGUCGGAACGAUAUUCGGCAAAUGUUAAUUAAACAGCAGGACCGCAUAGAGGAGAGGGAGCAGGACAUUGAAGACCAGAUCUACAAGCUGGAGUCUGAUAAGAGGCUUGUGGAGGACAAGGUGCAGCAGUUGAAGGAGGAGGUGAGGCUGCAGUAUCAGAAGAUGCAGCAGCUCCUGGAGGAGGACCUGGGGAAGACCCUGGAGAUCCUGGACAAGGCACGCUCCAAAUUCUGCGAGGAGAAUUCCUCUCAGGCCCUGCAGCUGAAUGAGCGGCGCCAGGAGGCCAAGAAACUACUGAGCUCUGUGCAGGUGGUGUUGGACAAGACUGAGGACAUCAACUUCAUGAAGAACACAAAGUCUGUGAAAAUCUUAAUGGAUAGAACCCAAACCUGCACAGGCAGUGGACUGCCUCCUCACAAAGUGGGUCAUCUUAACUCCAAACUCUUCCUCUCUGAGAUCUCUAAAAAAGAGAAGAAUCUGCGCAAGAUGUUGGAAGCCCCCUUUAGUGCUCCAGCUCACUUCCUUCAGAGUAUUCCAACCUACCCUUGCAGCCUGAGCAGCUCUGGAGCGGAGAAGCGCAAGCACUCCACAGCCUUCCCGGAAAACAGCAACUUCCUGGAGCCUCCGUCAGGGGCGGUGGGCAAGCAGUACCUGGGCCAGGGCUCCCCGUCGGGGGAGGGCCAGUCCACACAAGCCAUGGUGCCUUGCAGCUCCACGCAACACAUGGUGGGACUCAGCAGCAGCAGUGCCCAGACGGUGCAUUCCAGCUCCGUGUUCCCCCCACACUACCCCAGUGGAGGCUCCUCCCAGCAGCCAGUGCUCUCGCAGUACGGGGCGGGCCGCAAGAUACUGAUGUGCACGGUGGACAACUGCUACUGCUCCGGAGUGCCCUCCGUGUCAAACCACAGCGGCCACCCUCCCUACCCGAGAUCCAGCUCCUUCCCCUGGACUGUGAGCUCCCAGGAGUACUCGCACCCCCUCCCGCCCGCCCCCGGGCUGUCCGUGCGCGACUGGAUCGACGCCUCGCAGACGCACAGGCACCCCGACUUCUACGGGCUCUACGGCCAGUCUUCCACUAAACACUACGUCACCAGCUAACCUUUCCUGACGUUUAAAUAAAUAACAGAUUUCAAAAAUAAAGAAAUAUGAUGUCGGCAUAGUGUGCAUCCAUGAGACUUACACGUGGCUCCUUUUCCAUAUCAAAUCAAAUGAAGUCCCACUUCAGCAUAGUGUGCAUCCAUGAGACUUGCACGUGGCUCCUUUUCCAUAUCAUAUCAGAUCAAGUCCCACUUCAGCAUAGUGUGCAUCCAUGAGACUUACACGUGGCUCCUUUUCCAUAUCAAAUCAAAUGAAGUCCCACUUCAGCAUAGUGUGCAUCCAUGAGACUUGCACGUGGCUCCUUUUCCAUAUCAUAUCAGAUCAAGUCCCACUUCAGCAUAGUGUGCAUCCAUGAGACUUACAUGUUCCUCUUUUUCCCAAUCAGUUCAGAGCCCACUCGUUUCCAUUCCUCUCAGUAGGGAUUUUCUUUGUAUGUUUUGAGCAUCAGGAAAGGGGAAGGUUUUGUCAUCAUUUUAAUGGGGGGUGUUUUGCACAGCUUUUAGUAUCAGCUGCCAGCAUUCCUGUUUACAUGUGUUUGCAGUUAUUUAUGGUCUGAUGGGUCCUAUUAGCAAGUUAUUCAUGGUGUUGCACGGUUGGUUCUGCAUUCCAAUUGAGCCCUAACUAGUGCCCCCCACCCCCCAAACA